AUGAUCUUGCUCCUCUUCUUGUUCAGUCUGACUCUGGUGGCUCCUUCUGAGUCUCCUUCUGAUGACACUGAAGUGAUGCUACAACUUGUGAAACUACUGCGUGGAAACUGUCCGAUGUUCUGGUGGAAUUUCAAUGGCCGCUGCUACAAAUAUGUGGCCACACGUAUGACCUGGGCUGAUGCAGAGCUCUACUGUGUGUCUGAGAAAGCCAACCUGGUGUCCAUCUACAGUGAGGAGGAAGAAAAUUUUGUCAAAUCCUUGAUCAAGAACUUUGACCAUGCUGAGGGAUACACCUGGAUUGGACUGAGUGACCUCCAUAAAGAAGGCAGAUGGAUGUGGUCUGAUGGUUGUGCAGUGAGUUUUGUCUACUGGCGUGCUGGCGAGCCAAACAAUGGUGGAGGAGCUGAACACUGUGGUCACAACAACUUUGAUACAAAUAAGAAGUGGAAUGAUGUACCGUGUUCUGUAACUUAUACCUCUGUUUGUGCUACUCGUGUAGCCUGCCCAUAGCAACUGAGAAUCUUACAUAUUCAAAAACUUUAUAAUUUUUACUAACUUUCAUUUUUAUGAUUGCUGGAUCAACAACUGUAAAUAUCACCAUUGUGAAGUCAUAUCUUAAUUCUAAAUCUAUAUCUUAUUCUGUCAAAAUCAUUAAUUUUAUCAUAGUUUUGUGACAUUUUAGAAGAAGCUGAACUGUCUGAUAUUGAAUCCAAGCUGUAUAUUAAGCUUCAUAAAUGAAUCCAGUCAGUGAUAUAACAACAGUGUGCAUCUCAUGAUUAAAGCUUUUCGAUCUGGC